AUGGAGUCGUUAUAUCGAUUGCUGAGGCUGCUACUUUUCAUCACAGCGCUCCCACUGGUGACUGCCCUUAAGUUCGACAUCAAAGCGCACCCGGGUCACGAAUCCGCAAAACACGAACGAUGCAUACGGAAUUUCGUUUCACGAGAGCAACUGGUGGUUGUUACCGCUAUCGUCAGCGGUCACCGCGGUGAUGGACAGACCUUGAACAUGCAUAUUCGGGAUGCUGUUGGUAAUGACUAUGGAAAGCCCAAAGACGUUUCUGGAGAGAAUCGAUAUGCAUUCACGUCACAUGCGGACGCAGCAUUUGACGUUUGCUUCGAGAACAUUCGGUCUGGAGGUGGCUCCCAAUUUCUCUCAAGGCACGUCGAGCUCGACAUCGACAUCGGUGCUGACGCCAAGGACUGGUCGGCUAUACAAGCCAAGGAGGCUCUGAAGCCAUUGGAAGCAGAUCUGCAACGGAUAGAGGAGAACCUGGCGGAGAUUGUGCACGAGAUGGACUAUUUGCGCGGCCGGGAGCAGAAGUUGCGGGACACAAAUGAGAGCACAAAUGAGCGAGUGAAGUGGUUUGCGUUUGCAACAAUGGGCGUUCUAGUCUCACUCGGUGCAUGGCAGGUCAUAUACCUGCGAGCGUACUUUCGGUCCAAGCAUCUCAUUUGA